ACCUGCGGGCGGCGGCGGCGGCGGCGCGGUGCGCGCGGAGGGGCGGGGCCCGGCGGCAGUUGCUGUCGAGCCCGGGAGGUCGAGAAGGCUGUGGUUGUCUCGGCCGUCGCAUCCCGCAGGGAGUCUGGUCACCGCCGCCUGUCCCGCAAGCCCGCCCGUCACCCACAGGCACGUGUGUACGCUGCCGACCUUGCCAGUCGCUCGCCGUUCGUCGUGUGAACUGCGGCUCCUGCAUCAUGUGUGGUAUAUUUGCAUACUUAAACUACCAUGUUCCUCGCACAAGACGAGAAAUCUUGGAGACCCUAAUCAAAGGCCUUCAGAGACUGGAGUACAGAGGAUAUGAUUCUGCUGGUGUGGGAUUUGAUGGAGGCAAUGACAAAGACUGGGAAGCCAAUGCCUGCAAAAUCCAUCUCAUUAAGAAGAAAGGGAAAGUCAAAGCACUGGAUGAAGAAGUUCACAAACAACAGGAUAUGGAUUUGGAUAUAGAAUUUGACGUACACCUUGGAAUAGCUCAUACCCGUUGGGCAACACAUGGCGAACCCAGUCCAGUCAAUAGCCAUCCCCAGCGCUCUGAUAAAAAUAAUGAAUUUAUUGUUAUUCACAAUGGAAUCAUCACCAACUACAAAGACUUGAAAAAGUUUCUGGAAAGCAAAGGCUAUGACUUUGAAUCUGAAACAGACACAGAGACAAUUGCCAAGCUUGUUAAGUACAUGUAUGACAAUCGGGAAAGUCAAGAUACCAGUUUUACUACCUUGGUGGAGAGAGUUAUCCAACAACUGGAAGGUGCUUUUGCACUUGUCUUUAAAAGUGUCCAUUUUCCUGGCCAGGCAGUUGGCACAAGACGAGGCAGCCCUCUGUUGAUUGGUGUUCGAAGUGAACAUAAACUCUCUACCGAUCACAUUCCAAUACUCUACAGAACAGCUAGGACUCAUUUUGGAUCACAAUUCACACGGUGGGGAUCACAGGGAGAAAGAGGGAAAGACAAGAAAGGGAGCUGCAAUCUCUCCCGUGUGGACAGCACAACCUGCCUCUUCCCUGUUGAGGAAAAAGCAGUGGAGUAUUACUUUGCUUCUGAUGCAAGUGCUGUCAUAGAACACACCAAUCGCGUCAUCUUUCUUGAAGAUGAUGAUGUCGCAGCAGUGGUGGAUGGCCGUCUCUCUAUCCAUCGAAUUAAACGAACUGCUGGCGAUCACCCUGGACGAGCUGUGCAAACCCUCCAGAUGGAGCUCCAGCAGAUCAUGAAGGGCAACUUCAGUUCAUUUAUGCAGAAGGAAAUUUUUGAGCAGCCAGAGUCAGUUGUGAACACCAUGAGAGGAAGAGUCAACUUUGAUGACUAUACUGUGAAUUUGGGCGGUUUGAAGGAUCACAUUAAGGAGAUCCAGAGGUGUCGGCGUUUGAUUCUUAUUGCUUGUGGAACAAGUUAUCAUGCUGGUGUAGCAACACGUCAAGUUCUUGAAGAGCUGACUGAGUUGCCUGUUAUGGUGGAGCUAGCCAGUGAUUUCCUGGAUAGAAACACGCCGGUUUUUCGAGACGAUGUUUGCUUUUUCAUUAGUCAGUCAGGUGAGACAGCAGACACCCUGAUGGGUCUUCGGUACUGUAAGGAGAGGGGAGCCUUAACAGUGGGGAUCACAAACACGGUCGGCAGUUCCAUAUCAAGGGAGACGGAUUGUGGCGUUCACAUUAAUGCUGGGCCUGAGAUUGGUGUGGCCAGCACAAAGGCUUACACCAGCCAGUUUGUAUCCCUUGUGAUGUUUGCCCUUAUGAUGUGUGAUGACAGGAUCUCCAUGCAAGAGAGACGCAAAGAGAUCAUGCUUGGAUUGAAGCGGCUGCCUGAUUUGAUUAAGGAAGUACUGAGCAUGGAUGAUGAAAUUCAGAAAUUGGCAACAGAACUGUAUCAUCAGAAGUCGGUCUUGAUAAUGGGACGUGGCUAUCAUUAUGCUACUUGUCUUGAAGGGGCCCUAAAAAUCAAAGAAAUCACUUACAUGCACUCUGAAGGCAUCCUUGCUGGUGAGUUGAAACACGGCCCUCUGGCUUUGGUGGAUAAGUUAAUGCCUGUCAUCAUGAUCAUCAUGAGAGAUCACACUUAUGCCAAGUGUCAGAAUGCUCUUCAGCAGGUGGUUGCUAGACAGGGACGCCCAGUGGUGAUCUGUGAUAAGGAAGAUACCGAGACCAUUAAGAACACAAAAAGAACAAUCAAGGUGCCCCACUCGGUGGACUGCUUGCAGGGAAUUCUCAGCGUGAUCCCCUUACAGUUGCUGGCUUUCCACCUUGCUGUGCUGAGAGGCUAUGAUGUUGAUUUCCCCCGGAAUCUUGCCAAAUCUGUAACUGUAGAAUGAGGAGCAUCUGAAACUCUGGGCGAUGAAGCAACACAAGACACCUUUUAUAUUUAAAACCUUGAUUUAAAAUAUCACCCCUUUAAGCCUUUUUAAAGUAAAUCUUUAUUUAUAUAUCAGUUAUAAUUAUUCUACUCAAUUUGUGAUUUUUGUGAGUUACCUCAUAUUUUUCCAGUGAUUUGUGGGGGAGUUCGAAUAAUGGAAUCUAUAUUGGAAUCGGUACUAGAGAUUUGACUCUCAUUUUCUUUAAAGGGUGCUGGGUGUUGGAUUUCUGGGCCCUCCACUUCAAUCUGAGAGGGUUGUAUGUUUUUAAAAUAAUUGGCGUCUGUUUUACCACACUUCUAUUCAUACAGCCCAAUGGCAGCAGUAAUGUAUGCUAAUACUUGGACAUUAAAUUAAGAUUUUGCUAAGUUAUACAUAAAGAGAAGAUGCUGUGAUUUAUUUUGAAAUUUGUUUGGUUUUUUUUAAAACACACUGUAAAACUUAAAAACUGAAAACUUUUCUUGGUGGAAUUUCUGAGUUAGGUUGACCUAACCUUAUCUCUCGCGCUUGUUGCCUGUUAGCUGUAGGUCGAGGUGGCUUAGCAGGCUGAGUAGUCUGGUCAUGCACUGGGUCUCUCCAGCCCUUAAAAGAAAACAUUUGCACAGUUUCGUAGCACACACUUUAAAUUUGAGCUGCUUUGGACAACUGACAAUAUGACUUUAAAUUUGAAGAUGAAAUACAUACAUGUUGGAUAUCCUACUCCUUGUUUUUUCAUCUCCUAAAACUGGUUUUUAUUUCCUUGCAUCUGUAGUUUUCUUUAAUGGCUGCUGAGUGACAUAUUUUAUCUUGUUCUUUGAAAUCAUCGCAGAAUUGCUAUCAGAUGUCUCAAAUUAAAUCAAUACUGAUAUAUUCAGAAUUUUCUUCAACUUUUUCCCAAAGAGGAAUUUCCUGAAGCUAAUUUUAACUUCCCUUCACUGCCUUGUUAUAUAAAACCAGUACCUUCAGUACCGGUAGUACAGUCAGUUGGGAAGUUCUUUGCAGUUGUUUGGAAUAUUUGCAAGUCUUUUCACUAAUCAUUUGACUCUAAAUGUAUGUGAUGGGCUAGGCUUAGGAACAGCUUCAUGCUGUACACUGAUGCUUGUGAAGGAUGGCAUCACAUUUAGGAUUACUUCCUAGGUAUUCUUCUCUCUGUAGUUUCUGUGUUCUACCCCUGAAAUAUAUUUAGGAAUGGAGAAGAUAUAAAUAAAUAAAGUGAUAUUGAGGUGCCUUCAGUGUCAGAAAUGGAAAUUAACAAUUUAGAUUAAAAUAUUUAGAGUAGAGUAUUAGUUUGACAUGCGAAAAAUUGUAAGUAGUAACUUCUUCACGGAGCUUUUUGGGCCAAAUCUUGGGGGUUCUAGGACUGCGUGUUUAUGUUUUGGUUAAGUCCUUCUCUUUCAAGAGUUUUCGCUUUUAAAUGUUCAAGGUAAGAUAUUUAGCAUAAUUAAGUAACCUUAGUCUUUUCCUUUUUCUGUGUUUGAACUUCUUGUUGAGGUUAAGAUUUUCUAAUAGUGAUCGCUGCAAGAGAAACAGAAUUCUGCUUGUAUGUUAGGGUUAGAGAAAGAACUGGCGUAUUUUGAGGUAAUUUGGAAGGACUCUCCUAGAGACUAGAAUUGUUUUUAAAAAUAAAAUAGGGUUACUAUUUACAUCCUAUAUAUAGCUACUAUAGCUAUAUUUAUCUAUCUGAAUUGUUUGUGAGGUUAUUUUGUGUAGGCCUGGUAGUUUUUGUAUGCGUAUAGUGUCAUUUCUUAUGUUUGUUAUAUUAGCAUUUUAUGCACGUGAUUUGUAUGGGUUUGUAGCAUUUCUUAAUGGUCUAAUGUUUGAGUCAGCAUUCUAAGUGAAAACUAAUAAGUAAAAUCAGUCAUUAGUUUUUCACAGUCUCUCUAUUUCUGUUUCUCUCAAACACACACACACAUUCUUCAAGCUAGGAUAAGUUCUAAACUGAAUAUCAAAAGUUGAAAUUAAGAACAAAGAAGUGAUAUUUCCAAACAAACAUGGUUUCUCCCCCCAUCCCUACUUCUUGCUCCCUACCCCAUUUAAUGUAGUGAUUUUUACAUGCUUUUAUAAGUUAAUUGUAAACACAAAAAAGAUACUGUAAUGAGGCAAAUCACUAAGGAGUGUGCAUGCCCAGUUAAAGCCAAUAUAAUAUAGGAUAAGGUCAAGAAAGAUAUUCUACAAAAGGAGUCCUUUAUAUAAAAAGUUCUUUCUUGUAGAGCAUUUAAAGUUUAAAUUCACUCAUAUAUGACUUACAGUUCCUUGCCCCAGGCCGUGAGCCCUUUUUAGGCCGGGAAUCAUGUGUAACAUCUGACACAUGGCCCCGUAAAUGAUUGUUACUUUGGAGUCAGCUUUUCUAUCUUUUUUUAGUCACCUAUGCCAUAGGAAUGAAUGAUAGGGGGAAAACUAACGUUAACUAUUUUUAGUUUGUUAUAACUAUGUUAGCAACCUAUUGUGGGCGAGGAACUGUGCUGGGAACUGAAAAAUACGUCUCAUUUACAGCAAAGUCUGCUUGGCCCCGAGUGGACUCGGCACUAGUGAAGACUAGGGUCACUGGAGGCGCAGGGGGAGAGAAUGGAAGAUGGAGUGGAGCUGGGUGGUUAAGUGUUGUGCGUGGAUUUUUCACUUAAAUCAUGGUCCAAGUUUUGGGACGUUUCAUGUUUGUAAGAGGUGAAAUCCAUUUUGUGGAGUAAGUUAUCAUCACAGGCCGCGCGUGCUUAUUUCUGUGGUACUCUGAGGAACAGCAGUUGUUGGAUGCAAAAGUGAGAAGCAGGCCAGCAGCAGCCCUCUUCAGAGGGAGCUGACCAAGUGACGUGCAUGUGGGGCUGUUGGUUGAGAGAGCUGAUAGAUUUUCUCUUAACUUUCUUAGAAAGUUGUUGCUGGGAUGAUAUUGUCUUAUCUUUUUGAAUACAAAUCUCUUAGCCUGAGUUAAUUAUGAGAAUGGGAGGAAAGGAGCCUUUUUUUAAUCUCCUUGGUGAUAGUCCUUUGACACUUAUUUCUAUUAACUCUUCAAGGAAGGAAAAUCAGCUGAAAUGUUUGCUUUAACAAACAUUUUAAGAAGUCCUUUGGGGUCAGUUUUUUCUCAUAUCUUUUUAAAAAAUUAAGAUAGACUAUAGCAAUAAAAGGGAAAGACUAAUGUUAACUAUUUGUAUGCUACAACUUCAGCGAUUUUUCUAAAAAGCACAGUGUCAUUGAAAAGUGUUUAUUGAAACAGAAUUCAUAGCUCACAUUGAAUUUGUGAAGGCCAAAGAAAUUGAAGGGAAUGGUAAAGAGAUUUUAGACCUAUAUCCACUUAUUUAGUAGAUAUUGUAUACCAGAAUUCCAGACAGAGUGUUUUACCCAUGAAAACAUAUUUCGGAUUACUUUCUUUGUUUUCAGUGUUUAGAGUCUUAAGUUUAGAAGUAUUAACACUUAAAUCAGUUUUUACCCCCAAUAUUUAAAGAUUAUUAAUACAUCAGUAUUUCCCUAGCUUGCUAAAUUUAACGCUAUAUUCAGAUCUGUGACAUGACAACCAGUAGGACUGAUAACAUUAGCUUUGAACCAGUAAUAUCCAGGGUUAAAAUAAAAAUCAUAGUUAAGUAGCAAGACUGUAAAGUUAUGCCAUAUUAACAUAUAAGUCUGUAAUAGCUUGAUAUCAAUGUUAUGGAAUAUACCAUAAAUAAUGAGUACAUUUUAGGAAAUUCUUGAAUUACCUUUCUUACUAGUUUUCAGAAUGAAUACAGAAAUGAUCCUGUUAGCUUUUUAAAUGUUCUGUGGUUGAAAUUUUUUUUUGCUUAAAUAAAACUUUUGGUAUUUGUUUAUAUUUCUUGUGAGCUGGAAAUUUUAGAAUCAUCCUUGCUUUGUUUUCUGUUCUUUAAAAUGAAUGUUUAGAUUACUGAGCCAAUUGGUCAUUUCUUCCUCAUGUCUUGUAAGUCUAGUGACUCUAAUCCUGAACUGUGAAUAAAUUACCAAAAACUUGCUGAGAAUUGCAUUUUGAAGCAAUUUGCCAAUAUUUGAAGUGUAUACGUGUUUGUAGUUGUGUUGAAGAUUCUAUUGUACUAAGAAUGUAGCCAGUGUUUACUUUACUUGUUAAUGUUAAGUAAACAUUUCUGAUGUUUAUUCACUACGUUUAUUCACUACUGUUGCUGUUUUAAAAAGAAGGAAUGAUUGCAUAAAUAUAAUCAAAAGCCACGUCUCGACUCCACCUUCCCAGUUGUUUUAGGAAGGAUCAUUAGCUAAAACAAAGGCUCUACUUUUUCUGAUGUCAUAUUCAUAGAUAUUAUACUUUCUCAAGUCUCUCAAAAUUUUUUGUGAGAAUUUGUUGUUUCUAGCCAAUUUCCAGGGUAUACGGUAAUCAACAACUUUAAGUGAAUUGAUAGUUGCAAAAGAAGGAUAUUUAAGAUAGAUGAGUAGCAAGACAGCAUGUACUCCAAAUCUAAAGUUUCUGUAUAUCUAGCAAUCUGUUAAUUAUAGAACAAAGGUUCCGUUUCUAGGAUCCUUUUAUAAAGAGCAAGCUAAAAUCUCUAUCCUGCCGCUCACAGCACUUGCUGUGUUUGCAGGAGACAGUUUCUCCAGGGAGGUUCGAAUGAAUGGACGUGCUGUUCGCCUCCCCGUAGGAUUGAGCCCAGCCUCUCAGCUCUCUCUUUCUCUGUGUUGCUCUGCAGCAAAGCCUAGGGCUGCCACACCAGCCUGGAUCAUUUUUUCUGCAGGCUGCAUUUUUGACAUAAAAUUCAGCUUUUCUCCUAGUGAACAGUUUUCUUUACAUUCUCCUCCAUUGGCUAUCAGUAAGUGUUUACUGAGUGCUUAUUAAAGGCCAAGAAAUAAUUUCCCCCCAAAUUAAGAGUCCACUUUUCACUGGAGUGGCAUUUAGGAAAAAUAAAUUCUUAAUAUUCUUGGAUGAGGAGAAGAAAUCUUUAUUCAGUUUCUCUCAUGAAUCUGCAGGUAAAUAGUUCUCCCUCAUUUUUAAAAAUAAUGUAGGAACUUUAUUUGCUAAACAAGCAUCCUGGAGCCAUAAACUAAUCAUAAUAAUAUACAGAGAAGUUGCCAGGUUAUAGCUGACCCCUUCCAAAGAAAUAUACACGUAAUAAGAUAAAUUCAUUAUUCUCUUUUUGGUUAGCGUGUACAAGAGAUUGUUUCCAAGAUACAAAAGGCCUAUUUGUGAACUUUGUAUUAACUUGAUUCAUUGACUCAAGUUCCAAGGUUCACUUACAUAUUUCCUCAUAGAGAAUGCUGUCGUGUAGCCCUAUUUUCCUUUUCAUAUUUCAAGAGACUUGAAUACGAAGUAUGAAUGUAUAAUUGGAAAUAUGGAAUCAAAAAUGGAGCUUGCAACAGUUGGAGAAAUGCUCUCUGGAUAGAACUAUAGUUGUUUCCUUCCCUUUCAUUUAUCAGUCUGGCUCUCUCUAUGUAAAAUUUUAAGCCUGUUAGGAUGAAAGCAAUUAGCAUGUUUUCAUAUGCUUUAAUUUCUGCAGUAUAACGAGUGAUUUGGAAGCAUCCAACAAUCCAAAAAUCAGAGCCACCAAAUAAGGUAUAUCAUGAAACUCACAGCUGUUGCUGGGGAUCUUUAGGUGUUAAUUUUUGCUUUUGUAUGUUUUGAAAUGGAUAUAAAUAUAGUGAGGUCUUAGAAGGAAAAUUGACAGAAUUCCCAAAGUGUGUUAUAUAAUACUCAUUGAGAAUUCAAGAUCAAUUUUACCUAAAGGGCAAAUGAUCCCUUGGUUCUUAACUAAUAUGCGUUCUUAGCUUUGUGAGACCCAAAGGUAUAUACCCAUUCAUUUUAGAUUGUCAUACAACAUCGUGGUUGCAAAGGUCUAGAUGUGUCAGGAUCACUACAGUUUGUUUUUGCCAACAGCCAAUUUCAGGUGACACUGUUGGCCUCAUGAGGAAAAGCCAGCUGGGCAUCAUCAGUCAUGGAUGUGUUCCUAUGGCAAGUUCACUGUGAGAUGGACUCGUUCGAAAGCUUUGCCUUCAAAUAAUGCUCCUAAUGGGAUGGAAAAUAUCUGAGACAAUAAAGGCUUUCAGUUUCGGGGCAAGUGAAAUUGCAUUAAAUUCAACUCACAGACUUGAAUGUUUCUAGCCAGUUUGAUUUAUGGGCUUUUGUGUGUUUUUUUGUAUUUACUUGGUAUGUAGAGUUGUUUUGAAAUAUCAAGCAUAUUUGCUUUGAAUUUUAUGUCUUGCUUUCUUAAUUUUGUAUUUAUCCUUUGAAUAAAAUGUAAACCCAA